GAGGGCGAAUGAAGGGAGGGGGAGAACAGAGCAGAGAGAGAGCGAGCAAGCGAGAGAGGGAGGGCAGUCAAGAAAACUUUUCACUUGUGAGGAGCCACAGAGGAAGCGUGUGUGCGUGUUGGAGCGGCGACCAUGCAGGAGGAGUCUGUAGAGACGGUGCGCAGUGAAAGGAAUGGAGUUGCAAAGUGGCUGUGCCCCCUGUGCCAACAAGGGCAGCCUGACAGAUCUUCCCUGUCUCUACAUCUCACCGAGCAGCACAGCGUACUUCCAUCGUGUGUGGACAGACUGCUGGACAUUGUAAGUUUGGCCGUUUUAAAUCAGGCUGCCGGCGGAGGAGAGGACUGCAAAGGUGUUCAGCGGCCCACAGAUGCUGAGUUUUCACAGCUGAUGUCCACUGCGGAGAGCCAUUCAGACCCCUGCCAAUCAGCGGAGUGUUCAGACGCUAGCCAGACGCUAGGAGACAAAGAGAUGGAGGAGGAAAGAAUAAUGGAGCAGGAGGGAGGUGAAGCAGCAGCAGCAGCGGUUUUAAUAGAGGAGGGAAACCUGCUGCCAGAAGCCAAACUACAAAGUGCAACUGAAAACUCAGAAAUACCCGGCGCAGGCGAAAAGUCGGCGGCUAAAAACGGCACGCCGGCUGAAAGUAGCAGCAGGGCAUUCAAAUGCAAUGCCUGCAUGGAAAGCUUCUCCAACAGGACUGCCUUGAGUGUUCAUUAUACAUCUGCAUCCCACAUUCAGAGGAUGACGUCGGGCGCAGCGAAGCAAGGCGCAGAAAGCUGCGGCCAGACUCCCUCGGCCGCGGGCCUGUCUCGGCCGUAUAUAUCAAACAAGCCCUACCAGUGUGCCGUGUGUCGAGUCUCCUACAAUCACGCCAUCACCCUCGAGAGCCAUAUGAAGUCUGUUCUGCACCAGACCCGCAGCAGAAACGCUGGCAUGGCUUCCAACGGUGCGGUAAGCGCUGCGGGUUCGAGAGGAAGCAACGCCAGCGCUCCGAACCCCGGAGUCACAACCUCUGAAAGCAGAGCCGGUUCUCUGGGUACCGCCAGCAGCUGUGCUGCUCCUGGAUCAGUGAUGGGGAGCGGGGCAAAAGAUGGAGAGCAGAUCGCAGGUGCGCAGGUGGCUCCCUCCCUCCUCGCCUCCCCGGUGGCCUCAGCUCAGGCAGUCUCCGCCUUCCUCACCCUGCUCACGUCGACUCCCAGCACCCUGUCGCAUUCCAUCCUCCCGUCUCUGUUCGCGGCGGGCGCCGCUCCCGGCGCCGCCGCACCUCAGCUCAUGCCUCAGCCUCACAUGGUCAUGCCCCUCAUCCUGAAUGGGCUCCAAGCCCAAACCCAGCAGCAUCCAGAGAACCAGCAGGGCCAGCUCCUCACUCAGUGCGUGCCAUUCGUAGGCCUCAACCCAGCCCAGCAAGCCCUCCUAACCCAAAGACUAAACAGCUUACAGAACCAGUGGUCUUCGGCGGUGGUCCCAGCUCAAAUGCAGGCCUCUCAGGAAGAGCAGGAGCGGCAGAGCGGUGACCAAAAGGCCUCGGAUCAGAUCAAGAGCGCGGACGACGGCACUUCCGAUCACGCGACGGGAGAGGGACCUAAAGGAGAAAACGUUGAGGGAUCUGCACAGCGUGCCGACGCAGAAGGCCAAGAGAAGGUCGACAGCGACGAGAAGGUAAAAGAGCAUCAAGAUAGCACAACAGAUGGAGAGCGCUCCACAAAUCAGUCGAACACGAAAGGCGACACAGAAGCUUGCCUGAAUCACUCCCCGGCGGGCACAGGCAAGAGCCUCCGCCAUGACAACCUCUCGCCCUCUGCAUCCGUGGCCAGCAGCUCCAGCCUCAGUCCGGUAAACUUGAACCUUACGCUCAGCCCCGACCCCGCCCCCCGCGAGUCCCAGUCCAGCUCCACCCCCGGCGGCUCGUCAAAGCCCAGCCCAAAAAGUAACGCCUUAACCACCAGCCGAACACGUGUUCCCUGUACCGCCGUAGAAAGCAAUCAUUUAGACCUUCCUGUGCUGUCGGAGUUCCAGUCUGAGGUACUUUGGGCGUUCUUUGAGUCGCGCACCGAGGCGGACGCCGCCAGCCCUCCCCAUGAAGACUGUGAGGCACUGGGCAGGGAGGUCGGGCUGUCAGAGGAGGCGGUCCGCAGGUGGCUGAGCCACGCCCGGCACACAAAGCAGAGGCGGCGAGCAGAGCUGAAGCAUGCGGGUGGAUUCACGAGGCGCAGUCCGGGCUCUGACGACGACUACGACGACGAGGAAAACUCCCUGAUUAUCGCAGAAGACGACGGCGACGCUUCCAGUAGUCAGGUGAUGGAUUUGUCUGGCGCCAGAGAGAAGCGCAAGAGAAGGGAUGCAGGAAGGGAGGGCCACGGAGACGCCGCCCUGACGUCGGACUCUGAAAUCGAGGCGUACACUUCUGUGGUGGUCUCUGACGAGGAGAGCCAGAGUGAGUCGCUCAGAGAGGGUCCGGAGAGCCCUAGAGAUGAAGCGCAGCGGGAGACGCACGGCGACAAGGGCCCCGCCGGAGGGAAGGUGCUGCGCUCCACAACGGUGUUUCUCUCUGACGCCGAGGACGAGUACGAAGACGACGAGGGCGGAGGAGCUCAGAGGGCCAGGAAGAAGAAGCGCAAAGGGGACUUUGAGCGGGAUGAGGUGGAGCCGAAGAAGGAAAGACCCGACCCGGACGUGGAUCUAGAGUUGGAAGCUCAGGGAGAUCCUCCGGGUUCACAUCCUGCAGCGAUGGACCUCACUGAGAUUCCAGCCGGCGCUCUACACUCGCUUCCUCUGUCCAUCGCUCCUUUUUCCACUCAGUUCCUCAGCCCCUACGUUCUCUCUCUCGCUCCCUCGGUGGCAGGCGACGGAAGCAAAAUAUCGCUCUUUCCCAACGCCCCGACCAUCACCCGCUUCCCCGGCUCUCUGCUCUCGCAGACGCUCUCCUCCCACAACCCGGCCUCCCGCUACCUGUCCAACGGGGACGACUGUGAGGCGGCGCUGGACCUCAGCAUCGGCAAAACCAACUCCAAACACGCUCCCUCCCCCUCUUCUUCUCUCGCUGACAGAAUAUCUGUGCAGAAGGGGCAGCUGCUGGACGGACUCGGCCUCCGGCCCACCGCCAAGGGCCUGGUGGUCGUCCAGGUCAAACCGGAGCCCGGCACCGCCAACAGCCCCAUAAAUCUGGUGAACUGCAGCAACAUUUCAAAGUCUAACAUCUACAUGAGGCCGGAUGACAAGACAAAGGCCUCGCUGCUGAAGGUGGACAGGGACCGGGAGGAGUCGGAGCUGCAGGAGAGGAAGUCCAAAGGGAAGCGGUACCGGGACAUGCGGCGCUCCAGGACCAUCAUUCAGGCGGAGCAGCUGGACAUUCUGUACGGCUGCUACUUCAAAGACCCCAACCCCGGGAAGCACGAGUUCGAGCAGAUCUCCGAGUGGGUCCACCUUCCAAAGAAGGUCGUUCAGAUCUGGUUCCAGAACAUGAGGGCGAGGGAGAGGAAAGGCGAGGUGCGGUUCAUCAGCGACGGCACGUUGGCUGCCGUUGGGAAGCCUCUCAUCAAAUUCACGUGGCCUCUCUCCAAACCCAUAUUCUCCAACAAGACGGCGCCAAACAACACCGGGGGCAUCACGGCGGCCCCAAUCGUGCGAACUCUCAUAAAGACAGAAAAGGAGCCGGAGAAAGAGCUGGCGAAGCCCGUCGUGGUCAAGAAGGUGAUCCCGGUUCCCAUCAAGCCCAAGGAGGCGGUGUCCCCCGCCGCGGGCUCCCCUGUGAGCAGCGGCGUCGUCGCCGCGGUGCCAAAGACCAAGCCUGAAGCCAGCAGCAAUGUCAGCAUGGUGAAAGUCCCACCCAAAGUCCCCACCCCCGUGCUCCUGGCCCCGCCCAAGGACCCGGUUCCCAUCGCCCCGCGCCCCACCCAGAAACGGCUGGAAGAGGAGAGCGAGGAGGAGAAAACGGACGAGGAGAUGGUGGACGAAAGCGACGCGGGGAUCAGACCGGGGAUGGCUAAUCGCAUGGUGCCCAAGCUGGCCACCACGCCCAUCAACAACAGGCCCCCCGCCGCCGCCGCCGCAAUGGUGCCGCAGAAACAGAACGGCCUCAACUACUGGACCCCCAAAGUCCCCAUAAAGAUCAACACUCUGUCCAGAGAACAACUGGCGCUUCCCACACACACGCCCCCCCGCACCAUCCCGCCUCCCCCCACCCCGAGCAUCGCGCCGGUCAGCCCCAACACGUCCGGCUCGGCCAAGGCGGCCAGCCCGUCCACGCCGAUCGUGCCCAAGCCCAGCCCGACGGAAAGCAGCUUCCUGUCCCACUCGGCCAGCCGCAGGCCGCGCACCCACCUGUCCUGCCUGCAGCUGUCCAUCUUGCAGUCGUGUUACGAAACCUGCGCCCACCCCAACGCCAUGGAGUGCGAGGCCAUCGGCGCCGAGCUCAACCUGCCGCUCAAGGUGGUGCAGAUCUGGUUCCAGAACACGCGGGCCAAGGAGAAGCGCUGGAGGCUGCAGCAGGAGAAAAUGUACCCGCUGUCGGACGAGAAGGUGGACACCAGCUCAGGAAGCUAUCUUCAGUACAGCGCCCUGAAAGCCAACCGGCCCAUCCUCCCCAAGCCCGUUCAGCUGACCAUCACCGAACCCGCCGCCUCUCCGGUGCCGGGCCAGCCGGCGCCGAAGGAAACCCUGACGGGCCACUGCGACGCCUGCAGCGUGUCCUUCGAGUCGCGGGCCGCCGCCAGGGCCCACGUCUUCUCGCCGCGUCACCUGGCCACGUUGAGAACCACUAACUUCGGCCAGCCGCCGGGCCUGGUCAGCAAGAACAGCUCGCAGGUUUCCCUCCCCGCCGCCGUGACCAGCCCGGCAGCCGGCGCCGAAGGGGAGAUCGUCAUCGAGUUGGCGCCCUCGACAGCCACCAGCAAAAGUUAAAGAGACUCGGAUCGGGAACGGUCUGCACAUUGACAAUUGUCGGAGCCAUUUGGGGCUCCCAAGAUUUUAAUAGACACGUUUGAGCACUAAUCCUCUAAAAGGUAACCUUUCGCUACGGCGCCCCCCCCAACCCCAUCCUCUGCUCCACCGUCACUUGACCUGAGCUCAUUAACUGGAGCAGACUCUUCCCAUGCUGCUUGUCACUUUAUCAGCUGAUUCCUGAUGAGAGUGGUGACCCUCUAAAGUUCUCCUGGACCCCCAUCACCCCCUACAGCAACACCUUCCUGGCCGUGUGCUUAUUAUGUAUUGACUAACUUCCUAUAAUUUGUAAAAGACACUCAACUGGGAAUGCUCGAGCUCUUCUCUCCUAAAGACUGAAGCGAGUGUUUCUGCUUUUUCGGCAGCGGCAACAGUGAGCCCGGAAACACUUUUUUUUUUUUUUUUUUUGGGAUAAUAACGCAAAAUACUCACAUAAAUAACUGCCUGUUUUGUUUUUGGGGUUUUCUUUGGUGUUUUUUAUUUUCUGUUAACCUCCUCCUCCUCAUGCCGACUUGCAUCCCCUGUCGAGCAAAGCGUGCCGAUAUCACACGACCGGACUGAGCUGUCGGGGAAAGGAAGAAGAAGAAGAAAAAAGAGAGAUGCUAGCAGCAAUGCAAGAGUGGUUUUGUCUUUUCAUUUGGGAUAUAAAAGAGGUACUAUCGAAAGAGCAGGGCGGCAAAGUUGUCCACAAUUACAUGUUCAUAGGUUUUUGACAAUCUUAAUGAAAUGAAAGAGAGACUGAGCUAAAAGGGUUUUAAGAAAGCAGAAUCUGUGGCAUACCGCACUUUGACGUUUUACAUAGUUUGAGAUGUUUUUAAGCAUUCUGAUGCAGGUGUCUUUUUAUGAAAAGAUGCAUGUUGGAUGCCUUAAUAUAAAUCACAUGAAACAGAUUUUUGUUUUGUUUUGUUUUUGUUUUGUUUUUUUUGGCUAAUCAACUGUAACAUGCUGUGGGUGUGAGCAUAAUAUACAAAGUUUGACUCGGAGCAUAUCAACGAGGAGCUUAUUUUGUUUUUCUCCAUAACUUUUACGCCCCUCCAUGGGGAGCCGCCUCUUUGAAUGUCCUAACAGAUAUUCUACACCUUAACAAAUCCUUCCUGUAAAUCUGUCGACUUUACUUUUUUUUUUUUUUUAUCACGCAAGGUUCUCCUGGUUCUGUAAAUUGUGCGUCCUCCCCGACGUUUGCGCGUCUCUUCUUUGGGAAAUCUAAAUAUUUUACACCUCAUGUCGGUGCGUUAACGACGCGGCCGCCUGGAGAGGAAAUCCCAAGCGGGGGCGUUUUUGUAAAAAAUUAUUUCUGUUUGGCAGGACUCAGACUGAUUUCCUAAUUUUCUGUUUUAUUUUUUUUUGUUUUUUUUUUGUUUUUUGGUUUUUAAUACUGCAAUAGUUGCUUUUUUUUCUACUCCUUUUAUUCACUUGAGUGUUUGUACAACAACGGGAAGCAAUUACAACUGGCAUAACGUUUUUAUGUAGGUCAAAAGCCAAAUCCAGACAGAUUGAGAAAGCAGGCCCCGUGUUUUUUUUCCCCUCCCCUCCCUUUUUUUUUGUUGUUUUGUUCGGUUUCGAAGCAGUGAGUGAUCCUGGUCAUGUAUGUGCUGUGAAAUGGGAUGUUUAAACUCUUGACACCACAACAAGGGAGACGGUUGGGUAUUCUUAGUAUCAUCUAGUGGUUAAUGGGUACUCAGAUCUAGGAAGUAAAUUAGGAAACACACAAAAAAAAAACGUGUUCGCCGAGAGCUAAUGAGAUGGUGCUGUGUUGAAGGACACAAACUAAAGAGGUUUUCCUUCGGUUUAAGCUGUAUAUUAAUGUUACUAUUAAUAGUUUUAACAAAAUGCAAAACUAAAAACAAGAACUUUUUUUUUGUAAAGAAAUAUAUUAAAAGAAAUAACUGAUAUUCCAAAGUACUCCUCACUUUGCUUUCUGUCAUUAAGAAACCAAAAAGCAAUCUUUAGGUCGACAGAGAGCGGGAGAGGUCCUAAUGCAAACUAUAUAUAUAAAAGAUAAAAUGAUAAAAAAAAAAAAGACGUCCCAUGGCUUGACACUUGCACUAGUCCACCAUUUUUUGCACAAGCUACAGACCUCCGAGACGAACACAGCCGUCACCGCCAUGUUUAAAGUCACUAGGAGCGGCGGCGGCGAAGCAGAGAGGGGAACGAUGUCCUUUUAACCACGAGUAAUAAUUUGUACAUCUGUUGGAAACUGUAUCUUGUGUGUAAAGCAAGGACUAGUGUGCUCGAAGCUGGGAUGACACAACACGCACACACAGACACAGUGUUGCACUGUCCAAACUAGAUACCGUUUUUAUGGAGAUCUGCUUUAUAUUCCCUUAUGUUUCAUUGUCACUUUUGAUUAUCACUAUUGUUAUAACUGUACUACUACUUAUACAAUUUAUUAUUACUACUCAUCACUGUUUUUUGAUUCUUCUUGAUUCAUAAUGGGUUUUAAUGCCACCGCUCUGCGGAGAGAGUAUGGUAUUCCUAUGAAUAUUGAACAAUAAUAGUGGCAGUGUUGGUAUGAAUUGUUAGAUCUAUGAUUAAGCUUAAUUUUUCUCCUCACUUGUACCUGCCUUUGUGUUUGGUCUCCAUUAUGCUUUCUUUGUUAUACAGAAAAACAAAUAAAACCAGUUCAACAGCAA